UCGCCGGAAAGAGUUAGAAACGUUGACAGGGACAGAAAGCGCUAGAUAGAGUGCGAAAGUGCAAAAAAAAAAAAACCACAAGUCUACAGACACUUAAUACGUAUGGUGUGUUGAAGCGUGGAGGAACUAAGCGUCAGCGACUGUAGUGAGUUUUUCCCUGAUAAUACCAUCCAUCAUUCCUGGGAUUCGACAGUCUCCGCUGACACGAAGUUCACGAAGGUGUCUAUGACACAAGGUGUGGACGACAGUCCAAAAGCGUAGUGAUCCUUCCCAUUAUUGAAUGCAUAACACUCAACCCAUCACACAGGCUGCAUAACGAGGGGGACAGGCUGUUAUGUAUACUUACAUCGAGGCAUUGCAGUCAGGCAUUCCCUGUUCUAUUGGAAAAUCCCAGUCACCCCAUCGUAAAGGGACCACAGUUCCCAGAGGAACUGUAUGGAAUAAUGUCUGAAGAAAGGAGCUAGAGCUUGGACAACAAACAGUGUUUCAUGGCAUGUGCCUUGGGCUCAACAUCAUCAGCAAAAUCGUAAUCAACAGUCAAAUUGGUUUGGAAACAUCUGGAUAUAGAGCAUACAAAACAGUGCUUAUCAAACUUUUUCAAGUUGUAUUAAGUCAUGAAGCUUACAUUUGGCCAGACUGCUGUUUUUGUCCUAUUUAAUUUAAAUUAACCAAUCGAAUCGAAAUAAGCCAAAUGUGUGGUAGGUAAGCGAAUGGACCAAAUGUUUUAAAUCCCCACAUAUAUAAGUUGAUUCAGUAGUCGAUUAAUAAUCAAGUGUUGGUGCAUUUUAUUGAUGAUUUAUUUUAUUUGCUUUUAGAUCACGUGGUAUCCCUGAUCCACAGUUUGAGAACCAUUGAUAUAGAGACAUGUUCACAUCUGUAGCCCUACAACUCUCUCCUUCUCGUUUUCAUUCGUCUUAUCCUUUCUAUCUGUGCAUUUGCCCCUGAGGAGCCCUGCAUCAACACACGCGCCUCAUUCCCCCACCUGACUCUUUCUCCCUUCCACGAUAACCUCUCAUACCUUUCCUAUGAUUCUUUCCUCUCUCUCUCCCCCUGUGUAAUGUCCCAUUUAUAAUGAAGCCUUUAAUUAACGAUUCACGGUUCUGAAUUAGAUUCUGGUUCAGUGACUGUAUGGGACUCUGGAUCCCUGCAGAUGCAGUGACCUUUGGAGAGGGCCAGACUGCUGCUCUGUGAACAUCACUGGCCUACCACCUUUACUCUCACACACACACACACAAUCCAUGUCUACCGUCGAUCUCCCGGCAGCAAUGGUGAUUGGUAAAUGUCAGCGCUCAGGCCAUUGAAUUACAUGGUUUAUUAGAAUUGGUGUUCGGGAUCUUCGUCCAUCAGAAAGGAUCAGGUCAGCCCACAAGCUUUCUUCUCUUCUUACAGCCCUCAGCAAACUGUGGAUCUUAUUUUUGAUUGGUGGGAUUAUCGCUUUCUCUCUGCACCGGGCUUGAGGGUCUUACCGACACAUUUGGCAGGACUACACAGAAUCCAAAAUCCUGUUACACAUUUCACGUGGAUAAAUUAAAGGAGAUUAUUUUGCGUUAAAGUUGCAUUUCUUUGGCUGUUCUUUACAGCACGUGUUUUACUAGCGGACAUCGCUGAAGACAUUUAAAGGGCUGGAAGGACAGUUUAACAAAAGUGACAAAAAUGAAUAAAUCGUGAAGGGGAAGUCAGUGUUAGUUCUUCACGCAGAAGAAAACGCUUUAUCCCACCCCUAGCUACCUGCUGACUCCGAACGAAGGAGAGCUAGAAUUGAAGUCUGACAGUUGCAGCCUCUCUGGCUCUCGAGCUUCACGGUUUGUUUAUGUAUUUGCUUUGUUGUUUGCGUUUCUCAUCCCCCUGUGCCCGUGUCAUGCUCUGUUGCCGGCGUGCCAUCCUGGAGCAAUGCCUGUCCCAGAGAUGGCUUUGAGCCCGGUGAAGUCGCUGUACUGGGAGGUGUUCCCCCCCAUGGCCACGAACAGAGUGUACUGCACGCCCGUGCUCUGGGCCGGACGCCUAUAUGUGCUGGGGGGUUGCAGAGAGAACGGCCUGCCUCUGGACUCGGCCGAGGUGUUGGAUUUGGAGAGCCAGAGAUGGUGCGAACUACCCCCUCUCCCCACUGCCCGGGCGGGGGCAUCGGCCGUGGCAGUUGGAGAUCAGCUGAUGGUUAUGGGGGGCAUGGAUGAACAACAAAGCCCACUGGCUUCAGUAGAAGUGUAUCACCCUGAUGAAGGCAAAUGGGAGAGGAAGACAGGACUGGGGCAACCCUCCAUGGGCAUCACCACACUGGAGAAAGAUGGCAAGGUGUAUGCCUUGGGUGGGAUGGGAGCAGACACGACCCCUCAGGCCUCUGUAAGAAUUUAUGAGCCGACAAAGGACCAGUGGCUACACCUCACCUCCAUGCCGACCCCUCGAUAUGGAGCUUUUUCUUUCUUGCAUGGGAACAAAAUUUAUGUUCUUGGUGGACGGCAAGGCAAGCUGCCAGUUACCGCAUUCGAGGCCUUCGACCUGGAGAUGAAGAGCUGGACGCGGUACCCGUGCAUCCCCAGCCGAAGAGCUUUCUCCUCAUGCGCUGCUACCGACAGGGCCUUCUUCAGCCUGGGAGGACUUCAGCAGCCCGGGCCCCAUAACUUUUACUCCAGACCUCACUUUGUUUCCACUGUGGAGGAAUUCGAUUGCGAGCAGGGUGUGUGGUUGAAGGCUACGCGGAGCUGUCGGAUGAGAGAAAAGCGGGCAGACUUCGUAGCCGGCUGUCUCGGCGGGCGGGUCAUCGUUGCAGGGGGACUCGGUAACCAGCCAACGCCGCUGGCAUCGGUGGAGAGUUAUAACCAGCUGAAGAGGAGAUGGGAAGCUGUUCCGCCGUUACCCAGCCCUCGCUGCUCAUGUGCCUCCAUUCAGACCCAAAACAUGCUGUUUCUCAUCGGAGGGGUAUGCCAGGGUCCCAGCAAUGCCGUGGAAGCCCUCUGUUGGAAAGAGACCGUCUGACACACAUACACUUGAACAAAUACCGAAAUUCUCACAUGCUGUACUCUCCCGAGCAUACGCUCUGGAAACACACACGUGAAGAAGCCAAGAGGACGUGUAUGUAAACAUUUACAAACUUUUCCUGCAGGAGAUGCGUCAGCUUUAUACUUUGAAAUUUGGAGACAAUCUUCUGGAGCUUGUGGACGGUGUUCUGGAUGGAAGACGUUUGGAUUUUAGAUAAGCAAAAAUAUAUUAAUGCAUAACUCAACUAUCAUAAUAUAUAUUUAUAUAUAAUAUAUGUGUUAUUAAACAUAAAUUAAAUAAUAUAUACAAUAGUACAUAUAUAAACUAUACACAAGAUAGACCUGUACACAGAAAGACACACUAGACUCCAGACGCCUUUGAACUGUACAGCUACAGCAUUUUUCAGUAUCAAAGCAGGGUAACUUUCUGGCAAACUAAAGAGGAACUUAGGGCCAUAUCCACCAAGCUGCCAAGGCACCUGUCUUAAGGUAGCAUGUUUAGCACUUUUUGUAUUUUUGACAAACAGAGGAUGUGCUGUGCGAGACCUGGAGGCGGAUGCAAGCGUGUGCGUUUUUGUAUCUUCACGUGUGGAACAUUUAGCGAUGUUAUGACUCUUAUAAUUCACUAUUGCAUACACUGUAGCAAGAGACAGUAGAGAUGAAGAGAAUGUAAAUCAUCUGGCCAGUCAGAUAAAAGAGUGUUGCGGGUUCAAAACAAGUUAAGCUUUAUCGAUUACCACAUAUAAUCAUUUGCACUUGUUUCUGAAACAAGCAGUUAUUGGGUUUACAGUAAUAGACUUAUAUUGAAGGCAGUCUCAACAUGUUUUAUUUAAAACAGUGCAUUAUCUAAAUUACCUUACCCCCACAUACACACAUUGACAGCUGUUUUUUUUUUUUUUUGAGUGUGUACGACUACAUAAAAUUACCCCAGCAAGUGAUUUUUGCAGAUUUUGUAAAAAAAAAAUUCUUGCAACUAUAUUUUUAAGUUCAAUCAACUUAAAAAUUACAAUUAAUUUUAACUUUCUUGACCAAUAUGGAAUUGCUAUAGAUAAUUAAAUUAAAGGUGCAGUGUGUAAUUUUUAAAAGGAUCUCUUGACAAGAAUGCUAAAUAAUAUACAAAACUAUAUUAUAAGGGGUGUAUAAAGACCUUUUAAUAAUGAACCAUUAUGUUUUUAUUACCUUAGAAUGAGACGUUUUUAUCUACAUACACAGAGGGUCCCCUUACGUGGAAGUCGCCAUUUUGUGCCGCCAUGUUUCUACAGAAGCCCUUAAAGGACAAACUUUUUUUACUAAAUUGUCUCAGUCGAUGACAUGUUUUUCCGGUGGCGGCUACUGUAGCUUCUCUAUGCGUUUCAAAAGCGAGGGAAGAGCAGUGGACUGAGCCAUGGGUUGCAAUUCACAACCUCACCACUAGAUGUCGCUAAAACUUACACACUGCACCUUUAAGUUGAAUUAUUAAUUUAUAGCAACGCUAUACUUACUCGUCAAGAAAGUUUCAAUUAAUUGUAAUUUUUUAGCUGAUUAAACUUAACAUUUUAGGUGCAAAUAGGAAUUUUACAGUAUAUCUGUACAGUGAUGUGUUCAGGGAUUAAAAUAAAUAUUUGAAAAGCUCAGAAGCAAAAUCUACUAAAGCCACCUCCACCUUUGACCAAAAGCUUGCGACACGUAUUAUACGUUCAUCAAAUACUUUUCCUUCAAAUCCACUUAAUCCCGACCUCAGGCCAUUCAGAAAUACCGGUUUGUUGGAAGAAUCUGUUAAACGCCACAUUGAAUUUAAGUGCACGGCAGAAGAAUUGGAUGAACCACAGCGUGCAUACAUUGGAUAUCAAUUGUUGAGUCGCAAGAGUUUUUUUUAUCAAAUAUAUUAGGAUAUUGACUGGAUUUUUUUAGCCGUUUACCUUUAUUCCCAAAAAAGACAGUGAAGAGCGACUGGAGACUUUUUACAAGUGUAGAUUUUUGCCAAAAGCAUGUAUGCACUUAGAGGGUUUUGCAGCGAAUGACAGCUUAAUGUUAAAUACCAAUGAAAUGACUAACUGACAUAAAAUAAGGCAUUUAAAUUACUGACUAAUAAUCUUUUAAUUGCCAUUAAAGUUUUUUUUGUAUAUGUGCUCCCUGGGAAUAAAACCCAUUAUCUUUGCAUUGUUAAUGCAAUGCAUCACCAAUUAAGCUACAGGAGGAAUAUAAAAUUAAAGAGCAAUAGGCAAUUUAUAUACAGUGCUAAUCAACAGCAUACUAGUUGUUGUUUACAGAACUUAUCUUGUUUUAAUCCCUGAACACUUCUUUAAUACCAGCCACGUCUUAAAAAGCUGGAUUAAAGUCUGAUUGGAGUAAACUAUUGACACCACCACCUUGUUAAAACGAGCAUUGUUAAACACCUCAAAAACACAGGAGAUGUUCCCGCUUCAGUUUAGAGAAUGCAGUGCAACCGUUGAAUCCACAAAUGAUGGCUUUCUGCCUUUCGGGUCAUAUUUAAUUAGAAGCUAGCUCCUUGGGGUAAACGCUAAUUAGAUCUAGUCGUUGUGUUUGCAAUAGAAGGCUCGCAGACAAGCAUUAACUGUUUCUGAGUGACCCAUUUACACAAGGAGGGAUGAAUGCUCUUAAGAGACAUGCCAGAGCUCAUUUUUUGUAAUUUCGAUGAGCUAAAACCUUAGAUGCAGAUCUCACAUGCCUUGCUUUCGGUUCACUUGUGAGGGCCCUUCAUUCCCCCCGCCCAUGAUCUGACAAGCGUAUCGGGUCACUGGGUUUAUUUAGCAUGCCGAACUUGUGCAUGUCAGGAAUUCGGAAUGAAUUCAGGUGCAUCUCUGCGAUGACAGGUCAAUACAAGUUUGAUUUAUUUGGUCUGUGUGGGUUCGUAUAAAUAUCUGUUUACCAUGAGCAGCGAAGUGACAACCGCAUACCGAUUACUGAUCGCAUUGUGGUCUCAGAUGGUUUGAUAACCGGUUGUUAUUUGGCAAAACGAUGCCUGAAGGUGUAGUAAGACCUUCAUACAUAUUCAUACCGAGUUAUGGAGAGCUUUGAGUGCGUACGUCUGUUUGUAUUUUUCGGAUAGGGUGGUAAAGACCGAAACUGUUUUGAAUGUGCUGUCUGACAAAAGUGGUUGCAUUCAAAUGACACAUGCUUGCUCACAAACAUAAGGAUCAAAGCGGCGAACACGUACAAUCCACAUUUAGAUUUAUUUUGAUUUACGCCUCCCUAAUGACUGUGAUAUUGUGCUAGCUGCCGGCGGUCUUGUGCAACAUGUCACAGCGGAAAUGCAAACCCGUGAUAGAUGGAUAUUUAUGGAGUCAUGCAACAGAAGAUUGGGAGAUGUAACAUUAGGAGAUGAGCAACUUAUUUUUAUUUUAUUUUUUUGGUCACUGGUGUUGUAUUAUUGUGGACUCUGCUGCAAAUUUACUCUAGAUUAAUAUCUCUUUUUUUAUUUAAAUGUCACUGAGUUCAAGCUCCUAGCACUCCAGGGACUGCUGAUGUGUGAGAUGAUCUGAAAGAAAGAUAAUGCAGAAAGAAAUAAACAGCUAUGUUUUUUUUAUACAAAUUCUGCAACAUCGCACAUAACUCAUCUCGUCUCAUUUAAGCUGACUAUAUAAAAUAGAAACACUAUAGACUUUGUUUGUUAGUACUUCUAAAACACUCAGAGGAGAAUUUGCAUUUUCAGUCUGUGAUUUCUAAUUGGUUUUUAGGAAGGUGGGUUUGGAUUUAUGAGUAAAAUAAGGUCUGUGGUCACUGGGCUUGAAGAGGCAAUCCUCUUUUGUUUUAAGGAACAUAAAUUACACACAGUCAUGACUCUUAACAUGAAUAAUAAAUGCAAGUUGCUUGUGUUUAUGUGCCCAAUGCUCAAUGCUUCAACCCAGCGUUGGGUCAGAAAGGCACAAACUCAGCUGCUAGGUUAAAACCUAGAAAAUGUUUAUAUUUGACCCAAUAAUGGGUCAAAAUAACCCAGCAUUUUGGGUUAAAACAAUCCAACAUUACAACCCAGCGGGUUCGAUUCGUCUCUUUUUGACCCAACACUGGGUUGAAAUAACCCAGCAUUUUGUAACCCACACAGAUUGAAAUCCUUAUAAAGCACAUUGUCAGCAACAAUGUACUAUAAUGUUGAAGAACAUAACAGGAAAGUCUCUUAAAGCAAUGUUAACAAAACCAAAAACCACACAAUAAGUGCUGGAUUAUUUUUUUUUAAUCCACACUAUAAAAUGUGCUUAAAGAGGCAAUCCUCUUUUGUUUUAAGAAACAUAAAUUACACACAGUCAUGAGUAAUACAUGCAAGUUGCGGUCGCUGACUUCUCUUCCAAGGGGUGCGAAUGCAAAAUAUGUGUUCGGAGUGUCGUGUGUGAACCAUGUGCAUCACGUGUUUUGUCAAAAUAAGUGCCUGCUGCACACGCAUAGAAAGAGUUUAUGAUAAAAGAGAUUAAGCGAGUAUCCCUUUAGACGCGUCGCCACCAGACUCUUAUUUUGACAUCACACGUGAUGCACAUAAGUUUACAUGACACGCCGAACACAUAUUUUGAAUGAUGAGCAGUCACCGGCCGCCACUGCAAAUAAAUACACACAAAACAACGCUGGGGGGGUCAACCCAGCAUUGGGUCAGAAAGGGACAAACCCAGCAGGCUUUUUGCCCAGAAUUUUUUUAGAGUGCAUGGUUUGACCAAAAGGGACGAACCCAGGAAAACCCAGACAACUUCCAGCAAAUUUAGAUUUGCUCUGCAAGUAGGCUGG